CUACGGAAGCCGAGAGAGAACAGAAAGAGAAGAGGGCGAUCCGGGCGGGACACGGAGGAAAACGACUUGUGCACUGACUGGGUGUAAGGAACGGAAAAUACAUUACCGGGGUUAUAAGGGUGGAGAAGCGGCGGAAUAGACGGCAGAGGUCGGGCAGCUCCGCUGUGAUGUCUACAAGGAUCUGGGCUGAAAAAAAUACGUGAUGGCUAGAUACCAUCUUGAGACACAGGAGGGAUUAUGCCUUUAAAUGCAUCUGAAAAACUAUAGAGACAACCACAAUGACAUCAGCUCCUGGAUCUCCGGGCGAGACAAGGGCGGAUAAAGGAAAGCGGACAGAGCCAGCGGCCGUCAUUGCCUCCCUGUGCGGGAUGGAGACAGGAGGGCAGCGCUGAACUGGGAGAAUCACACAGAUUUUUAUUUUUCCUGGGAAAUAAUUGGAUUUUUUUUAUUUGCUUUUUUUGGAUUGAAUUUUGCACAGAAAACCCUGGGGAUAUACUGAUCGUUGCUGGACUAAAAUCCACCCCCCAAAAAAAGGGAGAACCCUUAACCCUUUGUAUGGACUCCCCUGUACUGUAUCCGGCGCUCAGAUCGGCUCCCCGGUUUAUGGCUUUCAUGAUGAUGAAAAAAAAGAAAUUUAAGUUCCGGGUGGACUUUGAGUUGGACGAACUUUCAUCGGUUCCGUUUGUUAAUGGGAUAUUGUUCUGUAAGAUCCGUCUGCUGGACGGCGGAAGCUUCAGCGUGGAGUCCACCAGAGAGGUUGUCCAAGCGAACUGUGUCCACUGGAAGAAAUGCUUUUCUUUCAUGUGCAAGAUGAGCGCAAGUGCGGCCUCCGGUAUCCUGGACCCGUGUAUCUGCAGAGUAUCCGUCCGCAAGGAACUGAAAGGCGGAAAAGCAUAUGCAAAGCUCGGCUUUGCAGACUUGAACCUUGCAGAAUUUGCUGGAUCUGGUAACACUGUUCGGAGAUGCCUCCUAGAGGGAUAUGACACCAAAAACACAAGACAAGAUAACUCUAUCUUAAAGGUUGGAAUCACUAUGCAGCUCAUGUCUGGAGACCCCUGCUUUAAAACACCACCGUCCACCGCCACCUCAAUUGCCAUAACUGGAGAUUCGGACUCUUUGCACGAAGACCGGAAAGGACGUGAGACCAUGAAGCUGCACUUGGGAGUUGCCGACCUUUCGUCAAAGAGCGCCUCCGUCCCUGACGAACUCGGAGCAUGCGGACAUUCCAGGACGUCGAGUUACGCCAGUCAGCAGUCUAAAGCAUCAGGAUACAGCACAAGCCACUCACGGUCUUCCAGUUUGUCCGAGUUGAGCCAUCGGAGAAACACAUCGGUAGGCAGCGCCUCCACUGGAAUCGGGAGUAUUCCAGAACCAAGUGAAGAGGACAGCAACAGAGCUGCAGCAUUUAACCAGGAAAUAAAGGAAGAAGGGUCUUCCUCGGAAAAACUAAAUAGGCCUCCGGUGAAGCAGGACUCUGUUGAGUCACAGCUAAAAAGAGUGGACGCCACCCGCGUGAAUGCAGAUGACGUCAUAGAAACAAUUCUCCAAAGCCAGGAUUUUACCCUCGACUCAAGUGCAGAAGAAGAAGGUCUAAGGCUGUUUGUGGGUCCUGGAGGGAGCACGGCUCUUGGAAGUCAUCAUUUACCAAACAGGGUCGGAGCCGGAGCCUACGAACAGGUCGUCAUCAAACGCUGAGAAGUCUACAAGUGAAGAGUGGUUUUGUGGGAAAUAUUUAUUAUCCAGCCUAUAUGGUUUAAUACUUUGCAGACUUUUAUAUGGGGGGGGGGGGGGGAAUAAACAUGUUUUUAGUUUUCCAAGUGACCAUGCAUGCCGUGCAGCCAUAGGUCAAGGAUGGUUCUCUUAUCAUCCCAGAUUUAUAUGAAAAUUG